AUGACAUCUGUUUCCUCGGUGGGAACAAGCAUGAGUCCAACUCGAUUGAUUGGUUUACGUAAAAAGGAACGCCAACUCGACCUCCAGAUUCGUAAGAUGGAGAAAAGGAAGGAUCUUAUUGUCAAAGCUCUUAAAUACAAACGAGGAAAAGAAUCAGACAAAAUCGAACAGCUAAUUCAAAAGUGGAGGACUGCAAGUCAAAUGGCAUCAAGUUAUUUGCUAAACUCAUUCCAUUUGAAGAUUUCAGCCAUGGGGGGAAUUAGCGAAUGGAGAAAGUCAAUCAAGAGGAAGGAUAAAGAAAAAAAUAGGUAUCAGCUGGAAGAAAGAUUAGAAUGGCUUGAAAAAUUGUUGAAUAGCGACCAAUUUUCAGAUCUUUCAAGUAUCGAACAACAAGAAAUACAAGACCAAAUUCAAGAUUUAACAGCAGCAAAUGAAGAUGAUGAAUGGGAAGCAAAUGAUGAGGAUUAUGAGUUUACUAUGGAAGAAAUGUUGAAGUACUUAAAGUUAGAUUACAAUUUGUUGUAUGGGUCGUAA